AUGAUGCUUCUGGCUGAUGAAGAGAAAUCUCCAGAGGAAGAAAUGAGUUUCGGAGCAGCAUGCAUUUUCCUACGAGGAGGGAAAAAUAUUUCAAGAGAACUGGCUGAGGAUGAGAUUGACGAGCUGCGUGAUGCCUUCAAUGAGUUUGAUAAAGACAAGGACGGGCUGAUCAGCUGUAAGGACUUGGGGAAUCUGAUGAGGACAAUGGGCUACAUGCCCACUGAGAUGGAGCUGAUCGAGCUGAGCCAGAAUAUCAACAUGAACCUUGGUGGGAGAGUCGACUUUGAGGACUUUGUAGAGCUGAUGGCCCCGAAGCUUCUGGCAGAAACGGCUGGGAUGAUUGGCAUGAAGGAGCUUAAAGACGCCUUUAAAGAGUUCGACAUGGACGGAGACGGAGAGAUCACAACAGAGGAGCUGCGAUUAGCCAUGACCAAGCUGAUGGGAGAGCACAUGAGCCAAAGAGAGAUCGAUACCAUAGUAAAAGAAGCAGAUGACAAUGGAGACGGCACAGUAGGCUUUGAAGAGUUCGUCAGAAUGAUGUCCCAUCAAUGACAGUCGAGGAGACCGUCAGCCAAGAAAGCAUCUUUGCACCUCUAUAGACAAGCAUUAACAUUGUCGCUGUCCUUUCUGUGAGGCUCUUUGACAGAUAAACUUGUACAUAUCAAGAAGAACGCGGGAUAAUGUUAAAAUUCAAAGAAAACUGCAAAGAAAAGUCAAGCAAUAUCAAGUCGCUCUCAGAGAAUUUUACAACUAUGCAAAGAUUGACAAUCAUGCACUGAGACUUUUUUAAUGUAAGAUUAUUGAAAAGAACUAUAUUGAUUUGUUUGAUGUUUAUUGACAAUACAGGAGGUCAUUUUGAAUUGUUUAAUUGA